AUGGCUCGGCUCGGUACGGCGCUGGUGCCGCUGCUGGUGCUGCUGGUGCCUCUGGUGCCAGCGCUGGCCGACCGGUGCCCCGGCGGAGAGCUGGCCUGCCCGGAGCCCAGCGUCUGCUGCCGUACCGACUCUCCCCAGCAGCCCUUCAUCUGCUGUCCCUAUCGGAACGGCGUCUGCUGCGGCGACGGGCGGCACUGCUGCCGAGAAGGUUUCACGUGCGACCUGUCGACCAGCCGAUGCGUGAAGCAGCCGCCGGAGCCGGGCCUGUGUCCGGACGGCAAGAGCCGGUGUCCGGCGGGCGCCACGUGCUGUCCGCUGGCUGACCACCGCUGGGGCUGCUGUCCGUACGCGCGCGCCGUCUGCUGCUCGGACAAGGUGCACUGCUGUCCCGAGGGCACUCAGUGUGACCUGCAGACACUCACCUGUCUGAAGGUCAGUGGUAGUUAG